UUGGACGGCGAACGCCGCGAGCGUACCUAUUCUUGGGAACAGUGGGAACGGUUUUUUGGGCGCUAGCCUGACCCGACCGUACUGGUGCUAGCCCUUUGGGGUUGGUCGCCUCCCGUGACAGUUGUGUGCGGCCAGUCGUCCACUGCAUGCUGCCGUUCUGCCAACCAUUCUGCCCUGUCCGGCAACACGCAUGCAGGACGGUUGUAGCCGUGCGUCCCGAGUGAGUGCGUGCCUUACGAAACCGAUUGGUUCGAGCCCUGCACAGCCCAAGGGGACGCAGCUGUUGGGUCGUUGUCGCCUAAGGGAAGCGGAGGAGCGUUUAAGCGUGGCACACGUGGUGGCAGGUGCAGGUGGCGGCCUCUGGUUACGUGUCCUUGAGCUCUGCUGCCCCUCAUUCGCAAGCAGAAGAGGCGUGAGUUGAAUCUAGUAGAAUCUGCUGAGAUGCUACGGGAAGUGAUCGUGUGAGCCUGUCCAAUCGUCCAUCAAAUAAAGGAUCUUCUAUCAAUAGUGCAUUCCGUUGUGUGGAACAUCAAGUGGACUCUUUGAGUGAUCAAGUACAGCGAUCCGAGUCGGUUUACAUAAUAUCUGGUCGGAGAUAGUUGCGUGUCUGUAACUAGACCUUUGUGUGCCUUCGACUUUGUACCUUUUUUUAAGACUUCUACCGUACUGUAUAUCUUCACCGGAUAUUGAUGAAUGUGACGAAACACUAUCAAGACGCUGGUUGUGUAAUCGUUCACCGUGCAAGUAAUGGUAUGGUGAGGAAUCAAGGUGCGUGUGGUGAUUGGGAGUAGUUUUUUAAUAGUGAAAGUUUGAGAUGCGCUCAAAUCGUGCAGAAAAACGCCUGAAAACUUUGCAGAAAUAAACUGGUGUAAAAUAAUUACUGGUCGCUUGUUCGACAAUCUGACGCGAUUACGUAUACCAAUGUUCUAUUUCUUUGAGUUAGACUCUAAUUUAAUCGCCGCCCAGUAGUUUGAGCGGGACGAAGCACAUUAGCACUUGUAACCUGCGAAGAUAUCGCCGAUGCUUGGUCGUGACAUUUUUCAAACUGCUCACUUUGAGUCGCCGCUUAUUGAACUGUGUCUUGAUUUGCCUUUACUAAAAACAACUCCUCCCUAUUCCCAUCCGCCCUCCUGCGCACUUUAUAAUAGCUGUCUGAGACAGCUCUUCAAACGCAUUGUAUAAUCUCGAGCAACAGGACAUCGGCAGGGAAGAAUACAACAUCGGGUAGUGUUUUGCUUCCUUCUCCGCUUCACCGCCGCUGAUGAUGUAGAGCGCACCAUCCGCACCAUGUCUGACAUCAACAGCUUCUUUGAGAUUGACUACGAACAGGCGUUAACGCUUACCGGGUUUGGCUGGUUUCACUAUCGCUUGCUGGCACUAUGCGGACUGAUCUACGCCAACACGGCGAUCGGCAUCACCGUGAUGUCGUUUGUGCUGCCGUCCGCUACCUGCGACUUUCGCAUGACAUCGGAGGACAAGGGCUGGCUGACGGCUGCCCCAAUGCUAGGUAUGGUCGUGGGUUCAUACUUCUGGGGCUGUCUGGCUGAUACCAAAGGCCGGCGGAUAGUGCUGAUCGCCGCACUGCUGCUGGACGGUACCGUUGGCCUCUUGUCGACUACCGCACAAAUCUUUCCGAUAUUUAUGUUUCUUCGGUUCAUCAAUGGUUUCGCCAUUACUGGUGCCAUGGGCAUUUGCUUUCCGUACCUGGGCGAGUUCCAGCCGACAGCGUACCGUGAAAAGAUCCUCUGCUGGAUGGAGCUUUUCUGGACGCUCGGGAUCGUUGUCCUGCCGUGCAUUGCCUGGCUGAUCAUACCGUUGCCGCUGCAGUUCGGGACGGCCGACGGUGGCAUCAAGUUCAGCAGCUGGAAUCUAUUCGUAGCACUCUGUUCCAUUCCAAGCCUCCUGCUAGGGCUGUGGCUCUUGUAUUUUCCCGAAAGCCCCAAAUUCCUGAUCGAAUGUGGCGAACCCGCCCUGGCGUUAGAGAUUCUGAAGGACAUUUACCACAUUAACACCGGUCGGGAUCGUCACGAAUGUCCGAUCGGACGCCUUAAGGAAUCGGACCGAAGCAACACGAUCAUGGAAACGCACAACCGCUCGAUCCGCACGUUCAACAUACACGACCCGAAGCACAUGAAGAUACUGCUGCCGGAGAUCUGGGAGCAGACCAAGGCGCUCUGCAGUGCCGAAUUUCGGCGCAACACGGCGCUCGCCUGCAUGAUCCAGUUCGGCAUUACCACCAGCUACUACACGCUGAUGAUCUGGUUUCCCGAGCUGUUCGGGCGGUUCGAGGAGUACGAGAAGCGGUACCCAAACGCGACCGUGUCUGUCUGCGAUGUGUCCUCGAUCGUCCUGGAGAACGUCAACGACACGCUGGUGGACGACUUCUGCGGCACCGAGAUCGACACGAAGGUGUACUGGCAUACGCUGCUGCUCGGCAUUGCCUGCAUCCCGACCAGCCUGUGGCUACCGCUGUGUGUCCACCGGCUCGGGGCAAAGUUUUUCUUGAUAUUCAGCUUGCUAGUGGCGGGUCUCGUUACUGUCGGACUUGCGUACGUAGGCAACUCGACGCAGAAUCUCAUCCUUUCGUGCAUUUUCGAAGCACUCACCUCCAUGGGGAUCAGCACUGUGUACUGCGUAAUGGUAGAUCUGUUUCCAACCAACCUACGAGUAAUGGCGGCUGCAUUUUCGCUCACAUUUGGUCGUUGUGGAGCGUUGCUGGGAAAUCUGAUGUUCGGGUUCCUGGUCGAUUUGAACUGUCUUGUUCCUAUAGUGCUAUUUUCGAUCAUGCUCUUCGGUAGUGCAAUAUUGUGCUUUUUUCUUCCCAACACCGGUACUACAGCGCUUCAGUAGUAGCAAGGAACGAUUGGACCACAGCGUUAUGUUUAGCGUACACUUACAAAGUAACAUUAGUUCUCCUACGACUCCCGAUAGCACACAACUCCAAUUGUAUAAACAUGCAGUAUUUUCAAACUAGUAUAAGUCAAACGUUAAAUUAUCUGCUCGUCUGGUCGAGAUGAGGCAGCGAGAAGCCAGCGAGGGUCCACAUUUGUAACCAAAGUCCAGCGAAAACAGAAUGCUGGUUUAAAUAAGGUACAUGAAAUAAAAUGAUUAAGAAGUGAGAAAGUGUUUGCGAAAUCGAAACAAACGCAAAUGUUUCAUUAUAGUCCACGAACCCGUCAAUGCGCGGUCCGACGUGCAUUGAAAAAACAAAGCAUAAGCACCUUGGGAGGCUCGCCAUAUUCUAAUGUCUUCUAAUGGCUAUCCGCUACGAUUUACAAGAAGAUAUUCAACUUCUUCUUCUUUUUGGUGUUACAGUUUGAAGUGUUCGAAGUUUUGAAAUCCAUACAAGAUGUGGAUGAUUCUUGACGACGUACCGCAAAACCGUUUUUACAGCGUUCCACAGAAUGCAUUGUUACGCAAUACGUUAUGAGAUGAUCAGGGCG